AUGCCCAUCGAAAUCGAGUCACCAGAGGAAUCUGGAUACCAUAACAUUCGCUGCAACCUGAUCGAGAGCUCAAUUGCUGAUAGAAGCAUUGGGAGCCUCAACCUUGUCAUUCCUGAUCUCAAACUCCAGUACACAGAGCACCGUGGCAGCCAACGGCUUCGAGAGCUGGUGGUUGGUGAUGAGCCGAAAUUGACUGCGAAAGAUGUCAUGAUCACCACUGGCACAGCAGGAGCAUUGUUCAUCGUCGCAACAACCAUACUGGCACCGAAAGAUCAUAUGUUGAUUGUUCGUCCCAACUAUGCAAUCAAUUUAGCAACUCCAAGAGCAAUCGGAUGUGACAUUACCUACUUCGACUUGACAUUUGGGAACGAGUUUCGCAUCGAUUUCGAGGCGCUGAGAGAUGCCAUCCAUCCAAAUACACGACUUAUCAGUCUCACCAACCCCCACAAUCCGAGUGGUCAGACGAUGAGUAGGGAUGAUCUGGACAGGCUUGUAGGCUUGGCACUGGAGAAGCGAUGCUACCUCCUCGUGGAUGAAAUCUACCGGGAAAUUAUCUUUGGAAAAAAGCUACCAAUCUCCGCCUCGCUUGGCGACCAUGUCAUUAGCGUUGGAUCUCUAUCUAAGUGUUUUGGCGUCCCUGGGACGAGAACCGGCUGGUUGAUCAACCGCAACGUUGAGUUAAUGGAGUCCUUCCUCGCGGCAAAGGAGCAGAUCAACAUCUGCGGCAGCGUUGUCGAUGAGUGGAUUGCCGAACAAAUUCUAUCACGAUUUAGCAUUUUGUUGCCUUUGACCAUUUUGGAUAUGAAGGCUCGACGAGAUAUUGUUGCAUGCUGGGUCGCGCAAGAGGAGUGCCUUGAAUGGAUCAGACCUCAAGGUGGCAUGGUGUGCAUAAUUCAUAUGAUCAAGGAACCCGUUGGCGGACCAGCUGCGUUUUACAAAAGAUUGACGGAGCAGUACGGGGUCUAUGUUGCCCCGGGCCGUUGGUUCGAGUUAGAGGAUGUUUACUUUCGCGUGGGGUUUGGCUGGCCCACUAUCGACGAGCUCCGAUAUGGAUUAGAAAAAAUAUCUGUGGCUUUACGUGGAUAA